AUGAUGCUGCAACAACACCUCAAACUUGUACCCUUAACUCUCUUCAUCUUGUGGAGCCUUGAGGGUGGUGCCCUAGGAGACCCUCAAACUCGUCUGCUCAACAAGGGGUGUAGCCAAUACAACGCCUCGGAUUUGACCAACUUCAACCAGAAUCUAAACGCAACUCUGGACGACCUCAGGGUUCAAGUUAGCAACCAAAGCAAGCACUUUGCCACGGCUCAAGCAGCCAGAGGACAGAACCCUGUCUAUGGCAUGUUUCAAUGUAGGAACUACCUCUCUACCAGUGACUGCGCCGCCUGCUUCUCCGUCGCCGCCUUCCAAAUUCGCAACUGCUCCGCCGGAGCCAACGGUGCCCGUGUCAUCUACGAUGGUUGCUUCCUUAGGUAUGAGAGCAGUGGCUUCUUUGACCAGACCACUCUGCCUGGCAACAGUAUGACUUGUGGAAAUCAGACAGCAGUUGGAGCCACUGAUUUUAACACAACUGCACUGCAAGUGCUAAUGGAUCUGCAAAUUGCAACCCCCAAAAUCGCCGGUUUCUUUGCAGCUACCAAGACACAACUGGCUGGUGGUGCAAUCUAUGCCAUUGCACAGUGUGCUGAAACUGUCUCAGAGAGUGGUUGUCUGGAUUGCCUCACAGUUGGAUACAACAACCUACGGAUUUGUUUACCCAAUACAGAGGGCAGAGCAUUUGAUGCUGGAUGUUUUAUGAGAUACUCAGACACAGCCUUUUUUGCUGAUAACCAGACCAUUGAUAUCACACCCUUCUUGCAACAAGGCGGCUCAAGCAAGAAGGGAGCAAUCAUUGGUGGGGUUGUUGGAGGUGUAGGUCUUGUUGUGAUCCUCCUUGCCCUAUAUGUCUUGUUUAAACGGUACAAGAAGCCCAAGGAGGUUCGAAGAGGUAACAUAUUGGGAGCAACUGAAUUGAAAGGUCCAGUUUCCUACAGGUAUAAGGAUUUGAAGACUGCAACAGAAAAUUUUAGUGAUGAAAAUAAACUGGGAGAAGGAGGUUUUGGAAAUGUAUACAAGGGAACUUUGAAAAAUGGGAAAAUAGUUGCGGUCAAGAAAUUAUUUCUAGGCCAAUCCGGUAAGAUGGAUGAACAAUUUGAAAGUGAAGUUAAGCUUAUAAGCAAUGUUCACCACAAGAAUCUUGUUCGACUCCUUGGAUGUUGCAGUAAAGGCCAAGAGAGAAUCCUUGUUUAUGAAUACAUGGCAAAUAAAAGCCUGGAUAGAUUCUUAUUUGGUGAACAAAAGGGUUCUCUCAACUGGAAUCAAAGAUAUGUUAUAAUUUUAGGAACAGCAAAGGGUUUGGCCUAUCUACAUGAGGAUUUCCACGUUUGCAUCAUACAUAGGGAUAUAAAGACUAGCAAUAUCCUCUUGGAUGAUGAGAUGCAACCAAGAAUUGCUGAUUUUGGAUUGGCAAGACUUCUACCAGAGGACCAAUCUCAUCUCAGCACGAGAUUUGCAGGAACAUUGGGAUACACAGCACCUGAGUAUGCAAUCCAUGGUCAGUUAUCAGAGAAGGCUGAUGCAUACAGCUUUGGUGUUGUAGUCCUAGAAAUCAUAAGUGGCCAAAAGAAUAGUGAAUUGAGGGAAGAUGCUAAUGGUGAAUUCCUCCUUCGAAGGGCAUGGAGGCUAUAUGAGGAAGACUUGCAUUUGGAGUUGCUUGACAAGACCUUGAACCCUGAAGAAUAUGAGGUAGAAGAAGUGAAGAAAAUCAUAGAGAUUGCUUUGCUUUGCACUCAAGCAUCAGCUGGUGCAAGACCAACAAUGUCUGAAAUAGUAGCCUUACUCAAAAGCAAGAACUCAAUUGGGCAAAUUAGGCCUUCUAUGCCUGUAUUUGUUGAAUCUAACUUGAGGACUCGGGCAACUGAAACCUCUACCUCAACUGGUUCCUCUACAUCUAAGGCUACUUUUCGAGCUAAAGAAGGAAACAAUGUGGAAAAAGGAGGGGAUUUUUCUUCCACAAUCUUGAAAGAGACAAAUCUACUGAACAAGGGGUGCAGCGCAUACAACGCAUCCAACUUGCCUAGCUUCUUUGCCAAUAUCAAUGAAACGUUUGCAAGCCUGAGAGCACAAAUCAGCAGUGAUCAGACCAAGCACUUUGCCAUAGAAGAUAAAGCCAGGGGAGAGGUGCUAACAUAUGCUAUGUUUCGAUGCAGAAACUAUCUCUCUAAUAGUGAAUGUCUUACUUGUUUCAACACUGCCACCUCCCAAAUUCGCAACUGCUCCGCUGCUAAUGGCGCCAGAAUCAUAUACGACUCCUGCUUCCUCAGGUUCUAUGAUGAAACCAAUGAGCCUGGCGGUGGUGUGUCAUGUGGGAACACGAGUUCAAUUGUCACUGGUUUUAGAGUUGGUGUACAACAAGUGUUAAUGGAGCUUCAGAAAGCAACACCAAAAAUUGGACGUUUUUAUGCAGCUACUAAGACACCGGUUGUUGGUGGUAGUGCAAUUUAUGCCGUUUCACAGUGUGUUGAAACUACCACAAAGGCUACGUGUCUGAAGUGUAUGCAAGAGGUUCAAGAGCAAGAAGUGGGGACUGCAUCAAACAAACGCAUCUUUCCAACCCUUAUCAAAAAUAUGGUGCAACUCAAGCUCCUAGACCUAACCUUGUUGGUUUUGUGGUCAUGGUGGAGCUUAGAGAGUACAAUAGGAGACCCUCAAUUAUUUUUCCUCAAAUCGGAUUGCAGCGGAUUCAUUGCACCCAACUUGGCAAACUUCAACCAAAAUCUAAACGCGAGUUUGGAUGAUCUGACAGCACAGGUUAGCAACCAAAGCAAGCACUUUGCAACGGCUAAAUCAACCACCGGAGCAGAUCCUGUCUAUGCCAUGUUUCAAUGCAGGAACUACCUCUCUAUCACGGACUGCGCCACCUGCCUUGCCACCGCCACCGCCAAAAUCCGCAACUGCUCCGCCGGAGUCAACGGUGCCCGUGUUAUUUAUGAUGGCUGCUUCCUCAGGUACACCUCCAUCCAUUUACUAUUUGAUCAACCAUCUAUUUCUUACCAUUCAGAAUUGAAUUUUCUGCAUUCUUGGUGGAGGGCUAAAGUAUUGGAAUUUAGGGUUGAGAGGGAGCAUUGGAAUUUUGGCUCUGUUAGUGGCGGUGCUAAUGGAGCAACGAGUUUUCUGAAUUCUGCAUCUCGUUCUCCUAGCUGUCCGGUUCGAUCCGGUUCAACCAGUCCGAUUGAACCGUUCGGUCCGAUCCAGUUAAAUAAUCCAGUCUGGUUUGCGAUCGGUUUGAUUGAACCGUUGUGCAAGAUCAGUCUGGUUGAACUCUGGUCCUGUUUGAUUGAAUCGACUAGGUACGAGAGCAAUGACUUCUUUGACCAGAUCAUGCCUCGCAGCAGCAUACUUUGUGGAAAUCAGACUGCAAAUGAAAGCACAGCUUUUAGUGCAGCUGGACAGCAAGUGCUAAUGGAUCUACAAACAGCAACACCAAAAAUCACCGGCUUCUAUGCUGCUACCAAGACACAAGUGGUUGGUGGUGCAAUCUAUGCCUUUGCACAAUGUGCAGAAACUAUCUCACAAAGUAAUUGUUUGGAUUGCUUGUCGGUUGAACGUAGCAGCAUACAGGGUUGUCUUCCCUAUACAAAUGCUAGAGCUUUUGAUGCUGGUUGCUUCAUGAGAUACUCGGAGUCACCUUUCUUUGCUGAUAACCAAACCAUUGAUAUCAGUCCCUUUUUGAAACAAGGCGGAAGUUCAAGCAAGAAGUGGGUCAUUAUUGGUGUUGUUGUUGGGGGUGCAGCCCUUGUUGUGAUCCUUCUUUUAUUAUUCUCAUGGUGUAGGAGACCCCAAAGUCCUAAGAGAGUUGCUAGAGGUAACAUAUUGGAAGCGACCGAGUUGAAAGGUCCAAAGAAAUACAAGUAUAGUGACUUGAAAGCUGCAACAAGAAAUUUCAGUGAGAAAAAUAAAGUAGGAGAAGGAGGCUUUGGCGCUGUAUAUAAGGGGACUAUGAAAAAUGGAAAAGUUAUUGCAGUCAAAAUAUUAAUUUCAGGAAAAUCCAGCAAGAUAAAUGACGAUUUUGAAACUGAAGUUACACUUAUAAGUAAUGUUCAUCACAGAAAUCUGGUUCGGCUUCUUGGUUGUUGCAGUAAAGACCAAGACAGAAUACUUGUUUAUGAAUUCAUGGCAAACAGCAGCCUUGACAAUUUCUUAUUUGGUAAAAGAAAAGGUUUUCUCAACUGGAAACAACGCUAUGAUAUAAUUUUGGGCACGGCAAGAGGAUUGACCUAUCUACAUGAGGAAUUUCAUGUUACCAUCAUACAUAGAGAUAUUAAGAGUGGCAAUAUCCUCUUGGAUGAAGAACUGCAGCCCAAAAUUUCUGAUUUUGGUUUGGUGAAGCUCCUACCUGGGGACCAAUCUCAUCUUAGCACAAGAUUUGCAGGGACAAUGGGAUACACAGCACCUGAGUAUGCACUCAAUGGUCAAUUAUCAGAAAAGGCUGAUAUAUACAGCUACGGAAUUGUGGUCCUAGAAAUCAUAAGUGGUCAAAAGAGUACUGAUGUCAAGUGUGUGGAUGAUGAUGCUGAAGAUGAAUACCUUCUUCGACGAGCAUGGAAAUUGUAUGAGAGAGGCAUGCAAUUGGAGUUGGUGGACAAAAGCUUAAACCCUAAUGACUAUGAUGCAGAAGAAGUGAAGAAAGUCAUAGACAUUGCUUUGUUAUGCACUCAACCAUCGUCUGCAACGAGGCCAGCCAUGUCUGAAGUAGUAGCUCUACUCAGCAGUAAUGACUUACUUGAGCACAUGAGACCUACAAUGCCUAUCUUUAUUGAGUCCAAGAUAAGACCCCACAGAGAUAUCUUUGCCUCGACUGGUUCCUCUACAUCUAAUGGCACUGCCUCCAAUUCUAUUGUACCUGCUCAAUGA